CUCUGAGCCUUCUCAAGUCACAAUUCAUCAGACACCAGAGAGAAUCGCACCCAGAUAAGCUUAUCAAAGAUGACCACCCGAUAUCGUGUCGAAUGUGAGCCAGCAUGAUUGUCAGCGUCCCAAGAACGAGCUGACACCUCGCAGAUGCCCUGAAGACGCACAGACGAGAUCAGUUCAUCGAAUGGAUCAAAGGUCUUCUCGCAGUGCCAUUUGUGCUGCUCUCCCAGCCCACCAACAUCCAUGAAGCGGACAAACCCAGCGUGGCCAAGAUGGCCAAGUCAGCGCACGAACGCUAUGCUCAGAUCAUGAAAGAUGUCGAAGACCUGCUCGAGGAUCAUAUUGCACAUCAACGGCAAGGCAACGAGAACAGAUCCAAGCUCAAACUCCUCGUGCCCUCAGUCGGCACCUUCUUCACACCCUUACCUCUUCAAGAUGCAUUUGACUGGCAAGAUAGGAAGCGGCACAUCUCCUCCCGCCGCUUUGUGGCUCCGUCUUUCAAUGAUGUUCGACUUGUUCUCAACACAGCUCAGGCCAUGGCUCUCACGAGAUCCGGCAAGCUCGAACUGGUGACUUUUGAUGGAGAUGUCACACUAUAUGAUGAUGGCCACAAUCUCUCACCUGAUAACCCAGUCAUUGAACGCAUUCUCGCACUCAUGAGGAAUGGCUCACGAAUCGGCAUCGUCACGGCAGCGGGGUACACAGAGGCUGAGAAAUACUAUCAACGUCUCUUCGGUCUCCUUGAUGCCGUGGCGAGCGAGAAAGGUGAUCUUGAUCUCAACAAUCGACUUGUCGUGAUGGGUGGAGAAGCCAACUUCCUGUUCCGAUUUGAUGCCAAUGCUCCACACAAGCUUGAACCCGUUGCAGACGCGGAGUGGCGCUUGCCUGAGAUGCAGACAUGGACAGAAGAGAACAUUGCCGACUUACUCGAUGUUGCUGAAGCAGCACUGAAAGACUGUGUUGAGGCAAUGAACAUGCCAGUGCAAGUGCUGCGCAAAGAACGUGCCGUGGGCAUCUAUCCGCCGAAGGGCAAACUCUCCCGCGAACAGCUCGAAGAAACGGUACUCGUCGUGCAACGCAUCCUCGAAAUGUCACCCGCCGGCAAACGCAUACCCUUCUGCGCCUUCAAUGGUGGCAAUGAUGUCUUUGUCGACAUUGGAGACAAGUCUUGGGGUGUCAUGGCCUGUCAGCGGUACUUUGGCGGAAUCGAAGGAAGUCGUAGCUUGCACGUCGGAGACCAGUUCCUCAGUGCCGGGGCAAACGACUUCAAAGCGAGAUUGGCGAGUACGACAGCAUGGAUAGCGAACCCAGCGGAAACAGUGAGCUUGCUGGACGAGAUCCUGGAAAUGGAGAAUAGCAAGUGAGUGCAUCGAGAAAGAGCGUAAUAUUAACAAAUAGCCACUCAGAAGCAUCACUCUCUCCUGAGUAACGAAUUUCUCACCCUCUACGGCGUCAUGUUUGACCAUCUCUGCCCUAUCUUCGUUCAUGCCAAGAAUCGAAUCAGUAUAUCAUGUCGUAUUUCGCAUGUCAAGGCACGAG